AUGGGUAAUGGACAGAGUAGCAAUGAUACUAACAUUCCCUCAUCUCAUUCAUUUUUGUCGAAUAAAAAAUUAGAUACAAAAACGAAAAGCAAAAUAAUUGUUGUAAAGCAAAGGACAAAUAUAACAGGCCCGUCAUGUUCCAAGAAUGACGAAAUGAUAAAACGCUUCCUGGAAAUCCCAAAAUUUUAUCCCAUUUUGAAAAGUUCGUUAAAUCAACCAGAUUUACGUGACUCACCGGAGGCAACACCCAAAGUCAAUGCUCGUCCUGUGCUGAAAUUUGCCUGUCGUUUACAAGAACAUUUUUCGCGUUGUGCUAACACUGUGGUUGUGGAACAAGAGUUAUUGGGAAAUUCAAUGAAACAUGUAGAUCGUAAUAUUACACUUUUAUUAGUACAGUUUGCUGAGCAAAAGAAAUCAAUGGAUCGUUUUCAAAAUUAUUUGGAAAAAAUGAACGAUUUACAGGCGCAUAUUUCGAAUUUACGAUUUCUUUUCCAAGAUCUUAUGCCAGUGAUUAACACCCUGAAUGAAAUUCUACCGGAACAUAAGCGGCUGCCAUUACUGGAUAUCGACUGCCUUGUAAAUGCUACAGAAGUUUCAUCAGAAGAGAGAAAACAUGCUGAAAUUAUUCGCGAAAUUCAAGGUGGUACCUAUUUAAUGGAUAAUAAUCAAGAUGAUGUACAUAUCAAGCCUGUUGAUGAGGUGACUGUAGUUGAUAAAAAUAAUGCUUGA